UAGGCUUCUCAACCCCGCCGGGGAGGCUCUCCAUGAUGGCUUUCAUCCUCAAUGCACUCACCUGUGCUCUAGCCUUGCUGUACUUCAUCCGCCGAGGGAAGCAGUGCCUGGAUUUCACAGUCACAGUCCACUUCUUCCACCUCCUGGGCUGCUGGAUUUACAACUCCCGCUUUCCCUCCACGCUGACGUGGUGGCUGGUGCACAUCGUGUGCACUGCCCUGAUGGCUGCCAUCGGGGAGUACCUGUGCAUGAGGAUAGAGCUCAGGGAGAUCCCCCUCAAUUCCGCCCCCAAAUCCAACGUAUAGACUCGCCCUGGCAACAACAUGCUGCGUUAUGUCAUUGUUUCCAGCACAAAGUGCAUCUAAUGCCUCAGAAUCAUCCCUGAAGAAGCACAGCAGGCCUGUUCAGACUUUGUUAUUAAUGGUUUACUUUGGACCUCGGUGACUGCAUGAGAGUGAGCAUCUCCUCUGGCAUCAGCCGACGACAGGGGAGGAGCAGAAGUUUAUUUUGUUAACACAAAGCAUUAAUAUGACUGUUUGGAGAGUGUGCCCUUAAACUCUUCACUCAUGAGACUGUUAAAAGCCAGGUAGCAGAACUUAGUGUGUGAGGAGCAUCUGGAAUUCACAACGUGGGAGUGCCCUGUAUGGGUCAUGCAAUGGUCAGCAAUUCCUGUGGGAGCUGGCACGGUGAGCAGCAGGGCUGGGAGCUGCUGCUUCCGACCUGUGACUUGUUUGGGCUUUGGCUUGGGAAAAAGAGUCAAGGAAGUGAGUGGAUGGGGAGAAGGAAAAUAGUUGUACUUACCUGAAUCACCAGCUGAGACACUAAAUAACCUAUAUCAUUAGAUGGGUUUGUUUGCUGUAUCCGUGUUUGAUACAUAGACAUGACAGACAGCAGUUUGCUGGAGAAAUCUUUUGUAAUAAUAAAAAUACUAUGUUGCUGUGAGUGUGUCACGGCUCUCCUGGGAAGCUGAGCACUUCGAGGAACACCACGAGUGUCUGUAUCAUGGCAAACAGAAGGAUGCAGCCAGACAACACCUGGCUGUGGGAUGCCCAGUGUCUGGGGCACAUAAAAUUUCCUACAAUAAACAUUUCAUACCUCUGCUCUGAA